GGCAGUGUCGGGGAAGGCGCCUGCAAUCACCGCGCUCACGACGCCCUCAGCAUGCAUCUUUGGUCGAAGUCACUGCUGGUGUGUCUGCUGGCGCUGCUCGUCUGCCUCUGCAGAGAGUCAAUGGCUGGCACUAUUCGAGACGUCUCCAACAAGAACUGCAGAUUUGGUGUCGUUCUCACGCAAGACAGCAUUCGCAUCUGUGGAAGGGGUCCCGGCAUGCCAUGCCGAGCACACUUCAAGGGUCCGAUCCUGUGUGGCGAGGGCUACUUCUGUCUGUGCGGCCGCUGCCAGGGCUGCUCGACACUCACGCUCAGCGACUGCCUGUACGAGACCACCACCUGCGUCACGCAGUGAGGCCGGCACCGAGGCGGCCCGACUCCUCCUGCGCCGCGGCGGGGAGGACCCGCGCUCAGCCGCGACCAGGAGGACCCGCUCUCGGCCGCGGCUGGGAGGACGCGCGCUCGGCCGCGGCGGGGAGGACCCGCGAUCGGCCACGGCGGCGAGAGGACCUGCGCUCGGCCACGGCGGCGAGAGGACCUUCCGAGUCAGGACGCAGAGAGGCUCUCGUGGCGGCGCCAGGCGGGCGACACCUGAAAUUUGAUCUCAGAGCGGGCGGGUGCGGCUCGCUCCUUCGACAGGCGCGCGGCAUCAGUGGCGUCAAGAAGCGGACCCCACGUCGUGCGUGCAGAACGGCCCCGACCCCGGCUCCGCAGCGCGCAGCCGGAAGAUCGGCGGCUCGCGACGUGCCGUUCCUUGGAGCAGACGUGCCACACUACGUUGUAUUUUAUUUUGACUGUGAUAGCCUAUCCUGCUGUGCUCCCCUGUUUUUCAAAGGUUUAUGAACGACAAGGACCCAGAGCGGACAAGGCGCCGUCCGGUUGGAUGCGCGGUAGGCAGACGAUUUUUAUUUAUUUAACUAGUUAUUUCCCGCUUUACCUGUUAAACAGGCAAGCAACAGCGUUGAAUCUUGUGAAAUAUACCAAGAACUUUG